GAAAUACCUCACCUGUGUGUUUUUUCUUUUUUUUUCCUCUUUCAGCAUAUAAAACUGUAUCAGGUGUCAACGGUCCUCUGGUAAUCUUGGAUCAAGUUAAGUUUCCUAGGUAUGCAGAGAUUGUCCACCUGACUCUUCCUGAUGGCACAAGGAGAAGUGGACAGGUUCUAGAAGUCAGUGGCUCCAAAGCUGUAGUUCAGGUAUUUGAGGGAACUUCAGGUAUUGAUGCUAAGAAAACAUCAUGUGAGUUUACUGGGGAUAUUCUUCGAACUCCUGUCUCUGAGGAUAUGCUUGGCCGAGUAUUUAAUGGAUCAGGAAAACCUAUAGACAGAGGCCCUGUUGUUUUAGCUGAGGAUUACCUCGAUAUAAUGGGUCAACCAAUCAAUCCUCAGUGUCGAAUCUAUCCAGAAGAAAUGAUUCAGACUGGCAUUUCUGCUAUAGAUGGCAUGAACAGUAUUGCCAGGGGGCAGAAAAUUCCCAUUUUCUCAGCUGCUGGUUUGCCCCAUAAUGAGAUUGCAGCUCAGAUAUGUCGCCAAGCUGGCUUGGUGAAGAAAUCCAAAGAUGUGAUGGACUACAGUGAGGAAAACUUUGCUAUUGUGUUUGCUGCUAUGGGUGUGAACAUGGAAACUGCUCGAUUCUUCAAAUCAGACUUUGAGGAAAAUGGAUCCAUGGACAACGUGUGUCUGUUCUUGAAUUUGGCUAAUGAUCCAACGUAAGUAGUUAAACUGUAUCAGUUGGGAAAA